AUAUAUAUACUCACUCCUUCACUAACCCACUUCCUCCUCUUUCACCUCCCUUCCACUGCUCUCACCGCCUGUCAUCCGCUUCCGUGACCGUCAUCUUCCUCAACUGUCACCAUGGCCGUCACAUUCUCAGAUCUACACACCGAGUCAGGUCUCAAGUCCCUCGAAGAGUUUCUCGCCGCAAAAUCUUAUAUCUCUGGAGAUCAGCUGACUAAGGAUGAUAUUAAGGUAUACGCCGCCGUUUCGGAGAAGCCGGGAGCUUCGUUUCCCAAUGCUGGGAAGUGGUACGACAGUGUUUCCUCACAGCUUUCCGCGAGUUUUCCGGGGAAAGCUGUUGGAGUGAGAGUUGGUGGCCAGGCCGCCGCCGCUGCUCCAGCUGAAGAAGCUGCUGCCCCUGCUAAAGAGGCUGCUGCUGCCGAAGAAGAUGAUGAUGAUUUGGAUCUCUUUGGUGAUGAGACAGAGGAGGAUAAGAAGGCCGCAGAAGAGAGGGAGGCAGCUAAAAAGCCUGCCAAGAAGAAAGAGAGUGGAAAAUCUUCUAUUCUUUUGGAUGUAAAGCCUUGGGACGAUGAGACAGAUAUGAAAAAGUUGGAGGAGGCAGUUAGGAGUAUCGAGAUGCCCGGUCUCUUAUGGGGAGCAUCAAAGCUGGUUGCAGUUGGUUACGGAAUCAAGAAAUUGCAGAUCAUGGUCACCAUUGUCGACGACCUUGUAUCUGUCGAUACCAUCAUCGAGGAGCAAUUGACAGUCGAGCCACGUAAUGAAUAUAUUCAGAGCUGUGACAUUGUUGCCUUCAACAAGAUUUAAGUUAGUAACAUAACUUUUAUUUUACCAACUCUAGUGUAGCCAUUUUGGCAUCUCUAAUCUAUUUUUGUCUGUCAUUUUUUUUUGUGCUCUUUCAUCAACAAUUUGGUGUUCUGUUUUCUAUAUAUGUGAGUUGAAAAAGAUUAAUGCUUCUGUGGUCA